CAUACCCUAGCCUCCAUUCCACCCCGCCGCCCAGCCCAAACCCAACCCCGCCGCCGCCACUGCCGUCGCCGCCGCAGCGCGCGGAGGCGACCACCCCGCCUUCGCCAAGAUGCAGAUCUUCGUGAAGACCCUGACGGGCAAGACCAUCACGCUGGAGGUGGAGUCCUCGGACACCAUCGACAACGUCAAGGCCAAGAUCCAGGACAAGGAGGGGAUCCCGCCGGACCAGCAGCGUCUCAUCUUCGCCGGCAAGCAGCUCGAGGACGGCCGCACCCUCGCCGACUACAACAUCCAGAAGGAGUCCACCCUCCACCUGGUGCUCCGCCUCCGCGGUGGCGCCAAGAAGCGCAAGAAGAAGACGUACACCAAGCCCAAGAAGCAAAAGCACAAGCACAAGAAGGUGAAGCUCGCCGUCCUCCAGUUCUACAAGGUCGACGACGCCACCGGCAAGGUAACCAGGCUCAGGAAGGAGUGCCCCAACGCCGAUUGCGGCGCCGGGACCUUCAUGGCCAACCACUUCGACCGCCACUACUGCGGCAAGUGCGGCCUCACCUAUGUCUACAACCAGAAGGCUUCCGACAGCUCAUAUUCUCCUGCCGAUUGUACUUAUAGAAAGCCUGACUCUCCCUUCACCCUAGCCCGCAUACCGCCGCCCAACCCCCACCCCAGCGCAGCAGCAGCCGCCGCCACCGUCGCCGCCGCAGCGCGCGGAGGCGACCACCCCACCGCCGCCAAGAUGCAGAUCUUCGUGAAGACCCUGACGGGUAAGACCAUCACGCUGGAGGUGGAGUCGUCGGACACCAUCGACAACGUCAAGGCCAAGAUCCAGGACAAGGAGGGGAUCCCGCCGGACCAGCAGCGCCUCAUCUUCGCCGGCAAGCAGCUCGAGGACGGCCGCACCCUCGCCGACUACAACAUCCAGAAGGAGUCCACCCUCCACCUGGUGCUCCGCCUCCGCGGUGGCGCCAAGAAGCGCAAGAAGAAGACGUACACCAAGCCCAAGAAGCAAAAGCACAAGCACAAGAAGGUGAAGCUCGCCGUCCUCCAGUUCUACAAGGUCGACGACGCCACUGGUAAGGUCACCAGGCUCAGGAAGGAGUGCCCCAACGCUGAGUGCGGCGCCGGGACCUUCAUGGCAAACCACUUCGACCGCCACUACUGCGGCAAGUGCGGCCUCACCUACGUCUACAACCAGAAGGCUUAGAGGUGGCUUGCGAUUGCUCUUCAAAUUGAACUCAUUUAUAUGUGUCCCGUUUGUCUUUGAAAACUGAAACCUUGGAGUAUUAUGUUAUCUUUCCUGGAUAUUACUGAUAUGCGAUGUGGGCUUAAAUUUUGGUCAUUCUGAUGACGUUAAUCUA